CAGAAGCCUCAUAACAAUUGAGGGGGGCUCCAAUCCGAUCGAGAUGGCCAAAUCUAUAAUUCAGUUCUUGGUCUUAGUAGAUGUUUUCGCCGUUCUUGCAAUGGCGAGUGAAAUGUCACCUUCCCCAAGCCCAGCUAUAGUUCUACUCAAAGAAUCAUCGACACUGAACCGGAAGAUGGGGCUCCACCAGUUGGUAGAGCAGGGGUUCCGCAAUGUGCAAGAUCGACGUAGCCCGUCCCCAGCCCCACAACAUGAUGAAGGUAGCACUUAUUUGACCAAAGAGGGCGAAUCUGAUCAUACUUCAGGUGAGGCAACCUCGGUCGAGUCAAUGGACACCGCAGCAUUCAACUUACAAACGAAGGAGAUUCACUUGAAGCACCACCACAGCUCAGUGGAUAAGUCGGUGGCAGGUGGCGCAGUUAUCCUCGGCGGCCUUGUCGUCGUCUUCUUGGGGGCGGUUUUCUGUUACAUUAAGGCCACCGGGAGGCAAAAGCAAGACUUGGCGUCAUCAGCAGCCUGAAAUUUGGAUAGACUAUAUAUUUCUAAAUUUAUUCAUGAUUCAUAUAUGUGUAUAUAUGAUGAAAAUUAGGUAAAAUAUGACUAGUGAUGAACCAAGUUUAAACUUCAAACUAAUACUGUCCAAAAAAAACAAAGAAGAGAUUUUAACUUCUUAAUUUACAAAGAGCUCAGCUCAUGUUCUGAAAUUCUAAGCUAUCAUAUGGCAAUUAAUCUCGUAAUUUUCUUUUCUGAUUAUAAAGGAGACUCAUAAUUCUAAUAUAAUGAAAUAAAAAACCACAUAGCUAACAAAAGAGCCAAGUAAAUCCACAAUGAUAAUCAAACCUGAAACCUCUUUGCUUAUCAAAGUCAAUACAUGUGCCACUGUAUUUUUUGGAUAAGUGGUGAAAAUCCAUUACUAAUCAAUCAAGAUAUAUACAAAAGAUGACCACUCAUCCGAGCAAAGCUCUUCAAAACUGUCUUUUCCUGUGUAACAAAAGGAAACAGGACUCAAAUCACCAAAGCCUUUGUGAAACUAUCUACUUUGUGUUUCACUUUAGGGAUGCACAAAAUCUUCGAUUUCACUAAAUCUACAAUCUGACUAACAAUUCUAAUCACAGGGGAGACUUCACGCUUGAAGAUUCGGCCAUUUCGUUCCAGCCAUAUCUUGUAGAUGUAUACAUUCCAUGCAAGCUUUUGUCCGAUAACAUCAAGUUUCCUGCCCUUCGGAUUUUGGACCCACGCCAAUUGAGUUGGCCAAUUCGUAAUUUGUUUGGGGACCCCCAACCUGCAGAGGGUGCUUUUCCAUAUGGCUUGAGUAACCCUGCAGGUGAAAAAGAGGUGAUCUCACAGUCGAGGUUUGGCGUGCUAGCCACCCCCCCAUGCUGAUAGUCUGGCUCUGGUGCUCAACUUAUUGAGAAGGGCGAGCCAGCUAAUGAAAGAAGUUAUCGGGACGUAACUUGCAAACCAGAUCAACUUCUUCCAUGGAACCUCUGGUUUUCUCUUUCUAAGGCAUUCAAAGCAAUUCUGAGUGGUGUAACUUCCUGUUUUGUAGGGGUUCCAAAUUAUCUCGUCUUCAGUGACCAAUUCAAUUCCCAUUUCGAGUCGCUUGACUUCAUCAGCCUGUGGAUAGAGACUCCGGGGCCAUUUCCAGCUUCGUUGCUCGUAUAUUCUGCUCACUUGAUCAAAAGCCUUCAUGGAUGGGAAGCACUCCAUUCCUCGCGAGCAAAAUUCAGCAAGCUAGUGGUCCAACAGGGAGCCAGGGGUCAAACCAAGAAUUGAUGCUCUCCCCUGAUCCCCACCUUGUUCCCGAUGAAACGCUUCAUUUGGGCUCUGAGCUGCAACAGCUUCCGCCUGUUCCAAGAGCAGCUGACAGGGACCUUGAGGCUCCAAAAGCAUCUACCCUUAAAUUAAGAAUUUGUGAACCUAAGCGACUCAUAGAGAAAUCGAAUUGAGGAGAAUGACCCAUAUGUUUUUCAUGACACAUACUUGUGUCACUGUAUUACACCAUAUUUCUCGCAGUAUUCCAAAAUUUGAUAUGAGUGUGACACAAGGUGGACUUCAUU